AUGAAUAAACUUCUUGGUUUAACUAGAAACUUCUCUAGCUCUACAUCCCUAAAUGCUGUUAAGACCGUUACAAUUAUUGGUGGUGGCCUUAUGGGCUCUGGCAUUGCCCAGGUUGCAGCUCAAGCUGGACAGAAUGUAACAUUAGUAGAUUUGAAACCGGAAUUAUUGGAUAAAGCACAGCAAUCUAUUCAAAAGAACUUGAUAAGAGUUGGGAAAAAAAUGUAUAAAGAUGACACUUUAAAAGCAGAAAACUUUGUAAAAGACUCCUUAAACAGAAUUAAAGUGUCAACUAAUAUUGAGGAUGGUGUGAAUGUGGAUUUAAUCAUAGAAGCUAUUGUAGAAAAAUUGCAUAUUAAACAGGAUUUGUUUAAUAAGCUUGAUCAGCUUGCACCAGAGCACACAAUUUUGGCCACCAACACCUCUUCAAUAUCAAUAAAUGAAAUUGGAGCAGGUAUUAAGAGAAAGGACAGAUAUGGUGGACUGCAUUUCUUUAAUCCAGUGCCCGUAAUGCGACUUUUGGAGGUGAUCAAAGGUGAUCAUAUUUCGGAUUCCACUUACCAAACAAUGAUGGAAUGGGGCAAAUCUAUCGGCAAGACAUGUAUCACUUGCAAGGAUACACCCGGCUUUGUGGUCAACCGACUAUUGGGGCCUUAUAGUGCUGAAGCUAUACGGAUGUACGAAAGAGGAGACGCCUCUAAAGAGGACAUCGAUAUCGGCAUGAAGCUGGGGGCCGGCUACCCGAUGGGGCCUUUCGAACUGGCCGACUAUACCGGCCUGGACACGAACAAGUUCGUCUUGGAAGUAAUGUACGAAAAGACCAAAGACCCGGUCUUCAGGCCAAUACCGCUCAUAGACAAGAUGGUCGCGGAGGGAAAACUGGGCAUUAAGACUGGCGAAGGGUUCUACAAGUAUAAGAAG